UGUGCUGUUUACUGAAGAAGAAAAUUGCAAAAGGCGUAACGUCAAGGUUAGAAGGCGAGCCUAGUCAACAACUUAAUUUUGGAUCAGAUUCUCAGCCUGGAAUCAUCUUUGAAAAAUCCGCAAAAUUUAUUCUGAAAUUGCAAGGGGAAGAAGUGCAUUUUUUGCCAUGAAGCAAAAGAGGAAAGUCACGCUGGUGACACGACCCAAGUACGACGAGCGAGGCCCUUCGACGCUGUAAAAUGCGACCCAAAGGUUGAUAGAUGAGGGCGAAAUGAACGAUGACAUCGCGCGUCUGGUCGGAAGCUUGAGGGUUCCAGGAGGACGGGACAGACAGGGCAAACCCAUCAUCCAGGUCACGACGGCCGUCGACUUGGCCUCUUUCGACAAAACCCAGCUCGAAAAAUCUGUCCAAUAUAUCCUGUCCAUAUUCAGUGAUGAGACGAGGCGAAAAGGGCUGACUUUUGUAGUUGACGCUCAGAAGAGCAACUGGCGUCUCACCAGGCUUUGUAUCCGUCACCUCCUGCAAGGCUUGAGCGAAGAGACUGCGACGGCCAUUGUCAUUAGGCCCGAGGCUUUUUGGGACAAACGCGUUGACAACUGCACCAGAGUCUGCAAAACAUUCGAGCCAAUUUAUAUUCCUCAAUCACGACUGGUCAAGCACAUUGAGCUUUCACAACUAACUGAAGAUUUGGGUGGCUCUCUUGAAUAUGACCAUGCGAGCUGGCUCCAAGACAGAACUAAAGCGGAAAGGUUCUUUAGAGAGAACACCGAAACCCAAACUGAGUUGGAGCGUGUUACGAAAAUUUUAACUGGGGCUCGUCAAGGACUGAACAAUGGUGCUAGGACAAUGACCCAGACAUCGGCUACUUACAACAAUACUUGUUAUAUGGCGAACAGCCUUAUACAAGAAGGAAGAAAUAUGCUGGACGAUUUUGGUAUUGCAAGGAUAACAGAUGUUAUCGGUCAGGACAUCCUUGAUACGAGGGCGAAAAUUGACAAACAGCUUGGCCUAGCUCGGACAAGAUUGCUCGCUUUGCACCAAGCUUGGACAAAUUUACAAAAGUCCAUUGCUGAUGCUAAGGAAAUAACGAAAUUGGAAUCUGGUGUGAAGAAGGUCACCGAGUGGCUCUUGACCAAAGGAGAAGACCUACUAUCGUCUCAUAAUGAAGUAGGGUUCGACAUUGCUUCAGCUGAAAAGCUCAGAAGGGACCACGAAGCGCUCGAGCUGCUUUGCAGAGAAACAUACGGUCAUUAUGCAGAGCUCUUACACAAAAUGAACGGCUCGACUCAGUGUGGCAUCUCGAUCCCUGAGGACCUUCAAGCCCAAAGGGACUUCAUGGACUUUGUCAUAAGAAGCUUUGCAACAAGGCUUGAAAGGAGACGAAACAUUCUAAUCUCUUCGGCAAGGUUCUUCCGAUUGGUAUCUGAGUAUUUUCAGACGACGAGUGAUGUUUAUGAAAACCUAGUCAUGACUCCGGACCUGGAGGAAUUGGAAAAAGCUCACGGAACACUUUUGCAAUUACAAGAAAGCCAAUCAAAUAUAGAUAUGCUUGAAGAUGCUUUGGUACGAGAAGGAGAAAAAUUGACUGAUCUACUGGCCAUGCCUGUUAAGGAUGCACUUGGAAGAGAAAUUAGGGUUGAUUAUGGAGCAGACAUUUUGAACAUCAGGGAGAUUCUGGAUAUGACAAAAGCGAGAAGUGAAUUGUUCAGAGACAACGUUGAACUUCAGAGGAUAACUUUGGAGCAAGCUUCACAUAUUUAUUCCUACGAAAAAGAUGCGGCGCAGGCUGUAGUAUGGCUGGAUGAUCUGUUUGAUGUCAUGAUGAAAUCACAUUCUCAAGUCGGCUGCAACGUUUUAGAAAUCCAACAGCAAAAAGAUGACCAACAAGCUUUUGAAGAGACCGCUAAGGGAACGUAUGAAUUUGGAUCUCAAUUAUUAAGAGCCGCAUUAUCACUGCGGCACUCCUGUAAACUCACCGAUGCACCCAAUUUGGAUUUGAGCGUAAAAUUAGAAGAGUCGUGGCAACGACUCCAGACGGCUGGCCAUCAUCACAUGACGAGACUCAGGGUGACAGCUGUCCUUCAUCGGUCUCUAAAUAAACAUUGCCAAGAGCUCAUCGAGAUGUCACGUAAGGUGGAUCGUGUCAAAGACGAUGUCCUCUUGAAGCUUUUGGAAAGAAGGGAAACGGUUUUGCUCGAAGUCGCCCGCAUGAUCAGACUAGCCCGAUUGCUCAAAAGUAGGCUGAAAGAACCUCUAUGCGAUCAACAGAGUGGACUGGGUGUUGACUACAACCGGAGCGCGGUCGAUGCAAUUUCUGAGCGCGUGGCCGAAGUGAUAGCACUCGCGGAGCAACUUGACGCCGCACUUUGUUCCUACCACGAAAUAGGGGACAUUUCCGAUAUACUCGAUACUUCUCCGACGCAAGAUGACUGGUACGGAAGUCUGGACAAGAGCAGUUCGAGCAGCGGUACGCCAAGAAGUGGAAGUCAUAAGACCUGCUGCGAGGAGGAUGAGUUCAUAACUGCUAGUGAAUGUACUUGCACUCCUCCUUCCCGCAGCUCAUCUUUUCACACUGCAUCUGAAGGAGAAGUUUACACUCCUCCUUGGUGGUCCGACAAGUUUCAGGAUGAAUCAGAAGUCGCCGACGAUAUAGAAUCACAGACGCAGAACACCAGCAAAGAGGAGAUCCUCACCCCCGAUCCGACUGCAACGGUGAAAUUAAAUCAGGAUGACAAACUGCCAACACCCAACGAGGAACCCACCGGUGCGAAAAGUCCAGCAACAGUUCUAGAACCGACUAACAAUGUCCAAGACAGUGCUCAGCCCGUGUACAAAGGGAUUGCCAAAAGAGCUUUAACCGGUGUCUUUUAACUUAUCUCACAUUAAUAUUUUAUUGUGUAAAAUACGUUGUGAACAAAAGACUAAACAUGUUUGUUUUUAAUAUAGAAAAUAAUCAAAUGAAGCUCAUAUGUCAAUUAACUUAUUUAACUUUAUUCUUCUUGCCUAUUGUGUCCUCUCAGAUUGAUCUGCUCAAUGAAAAAAAACCUAGAAGUAGUCAUAAGGAAAAAACUACUUUUCUUAUAGUAUAUUUUGUUAUAUAUUUUUGUUAAUAAAUAUAUUUUGGGCUGA